AUGGGUAAAGCCGAAGCAGGAAGUGCCAAAGCGAUCGGUAACGCGAUCAAGGCCAAGGGGCUUGGGCGGCUUAGGUGGUACUGUCAGGUGUGUGAGAAGCAAUGUAGGGAUGAGAACGGUUUUCAGGCGCACUGCCGCUCCGAACCCCACAUGCGCAAAAUCAUGAACAUCGGUCCCAAAGCCGGCUCUGCCAUCGCCGACUUUUCCCGCCAGUUCCAAUCCGAUUUCAUGACCCUACUCCGCUCUCGCCAUCUCACCAACCGUGUUCAAGCCAACAAAGUCUACAACGAGUACAUUCAGGACAAGCACCAUACGCAUAUGAAUGCGACGAGAUGGGUCACGCUGAAUGGGUUCAUCAUGACGAUAGGAAAGGCGGGACUGGUCAAGGUGGAUGAGGAUGAGAAGGGGCUGUGGAUCCAGUGGAUCGAUAACAGACCAGAGACGCUCUCCAAACAGGCCAACUCUCUCAAGUUUGAACGGGCUCAGAUGGACGGUGAAGAGCGCGAACGCAAGAUGCUUGAGGAGCAAAUUGCACGCGCGAAAGCUGCUGCCCAGAAAGACGACCAACCCACAAUUGAGCCCGGGCUUCAGCGCGAAGAAGGCGAAAAGGUCAAGCUUACCUUGUUCCCUUCAGCUCCCUCCGAGUCCAAGACCGAGGAAGGAGCAGAGCCUGGGGAGCAGAAGGAGGGCGAAGCUGCGCCGGUGAAGAGCGGCUUCAAGAUGUUUGGUGUCUCUGCUGCUGCAAAACCAAACCCUCUCAAGCGCCCCGCCGCGUCCAACGUCUUCAAAUCGGCAAAGUCUACCAAGACCGAGUCGUCCAACUCAUCUAGUAAUGGGGCUGGUGGGCCGCCAAAGUACAAGAGCGAGGCGGAGAGGUUGAUGAUGGAAGAUCGGGCCAUGAAGGCAAGUCGGCCACAAGGCUAUAGGGGGAUGGGACCCUCCAGAGGGGCUAGAUGA